AAUUAAGUUCUUAAUAUGAUGAAGUAAGAACGCAUUAGACGUCAAAUGGAAGUGCAAACUAUUGAUUUUUUAUGUUUAGGUGGGAACGAAUUGUUCUUUCAGAAAAUGAUUGUCCUUUCACACGAAACUAUAUUAUUUAUGAACUUUGCGCCUCAUUUAGUUACGUGGAAAUAUUGGAAUAUUCUAAUCAUGGACGGCGGAGGAUAUUCCGGAGACGAUGAUUUGGGAGGGCCAAGAACAUCACAGCAAGGUUUUUCUUCAAAGAAGCUACACCAGACACAGGCGAAAGUCAACGAGAUAGUAGACAUAAUGAAAGUUAACGUCGAAAAAGUCCUUGAGAGAGAUCAGAAACUUUCAGAGCUGGAUAAUCGAGCAGACGCUCUUCAACAAGGCGCGGCGCAAUUUGAACAACAUGCAGGAAAACUGAAGCGGAAAUAUUGGUGGAAAAAUCUCAAAAUGAUGAUAAUCAUUGGUAUUAUUUGUGUCGUCAUCUUAAUUAUCAUUAUUGUAUCAUCAUUACCCAGCUCUGAUACACCCAGCGGAGGUAAUUAAAGACGACACCAAAGGCAACAGAUGCUGUACCGCACCAGUUGACAACCUUCACCGUUAGAUUAAGUCAAUACCUACGCAGGGUCAAGAAAGAACUACAAAACUGCAGUGUCAUUAAUGCUCAAUGUUCGUUCUGUAACAAUCGAUCGUGUCAAUUUAUUUUGGAAGCCUUGUCGGUGUUCCUGCGAAGCUUAAUAUCGUUUGAGCGCACAAUUUGUUUAAGCCCAGUAUUAAUUAGAACAGGAAUGGAAACUUGGGAUGCCAAACGAACAUUUUGGGAUCAAUUCUAUGCAUCUAUAAUAGAUAUCAUAAUUACAUUUGAUUUUUGUAUCGGUAAAGUAAAAGAUUUGUUAAUGUGUGGCAGCCAAAUUCAAGUAAUAGUUUGCCGUUACAAUAUUAAUUAUUGUACCAUAAUGUUAUCGAUGAUGCUUCACAUAUGGUAUUCUGUCUCCAUUGUGUCAAUGUGCAUUUUAUUCCUUUGCGAUUUCCUAUCUUGAACAUUGUUACGCUGCGGAUAUUGUGAACAUUAAACUAUAAGCUUUUUUAAAAAUUGUUCAAUUGAGAAGAGCUUCCAGUAAUGUAAUAUAUUUCUAACUUUUGGAAUUGUAUGUACUGAAAUGCUGUUUACAAUUGAUAACGUUUAAUAUAUGAUAUACUUUUCUAAUAAUUGAA